AUGCGGCCGUUCUGCCUCGUCGUCGUGGGGGACUACUGGACGGUGCAGUCGGCGGUGGACGCCGUGCCGUACAGCAACAGCCAGUGGGUCAGGAUCUACGUCAAGCAAGGGAGCUACAGGGAGAAGGUGACAAUCCCAAGCCAGAAAGGCUUCAUUUUGCUCCAAGGUGACGGGUCGUUCAAUACCGACAUCAACUUCGACGGGCACGGCUACGGCACCGACGCGCCCGGCAUCGCCGCGAUCACAGGCCGGCACCGCCGCAACCUCACGGACAUCUCGCCGACGUACACCAGCGCCACCUUCACAGUCCAUGCCGACAACUUCGUCGCCCGCAACAUCGCCUUCAAGGUAACUACGUACGUGCAGUCCCCAAAGUACUUGCCAGUGACACACACGUACGCAACGCACGCGAGUACACAUGGACGAAAAUUCUCUAACGCGAGAAUGCUCUGUCACGCAACGCAGAACACGUUCAGCGGCGGGCACCCGGCGGUGGCGGUGCUGAUCGACGGCGACAAGGGCGCGUUCUACGACUGCGCCUUCCACGGGCUCCAGGACACGCUCUGCGACCUCAUGGGCCGGAACUACUUCCGCCGCUGCCUCGUGGAGGGCGGCGUCGACUUCAUCUUCGGCUACGGCCAGUCCAUCUACGAGGACUGCACCCUCAUGUCCAACAUGCCGGCGUGGUCCCAGCACCCCGGGUGGGUGACGGCGCACGGCAGGGCCGGCGGCAGGAACGCGGCGCUCGUGUUCAAGGGCGGCAUGAUCACCGGCUCCGGCCGGCAGUACCUCGGCCGCGCGUGGAACGAGCAGGCCACCGUGGUGUUCUACCAGGUGAACAUGGCCGGCAUCGUCGUCCCGCAGGGGUGGGACAAGUGGACGCCCGGCCAAGAUGUGUCACAGGUGACGUUUGCGGAGGUCGGAUGCAGUGGCCCGGGUUCCGGCACGUCCGGAAGAGUGCCGUGGGUGAAGCACAUGAGCUAUGCAGAGGUGCAGAGGUUCGUGGACAUCAGGUUCAUCCAUGACGGUUGGCUAUCCAACCAGCCCUAGUUGAGAGCACUUGUUGCCUGAUAGCCAGAGACUAGUAGUAGCAAAACAAACCGAGUAGUAUAUUCAAGGUAUAUGAUCCGAUGUAAUGGGGAAGAAGGGCUUAGGACUGAGCAACAAGAUAGAAGAGACACACAAAAUUAAGAGUUUCAAAGAAUUUUACAGAUUUCAGUCCUUAUAUAAAGGUGUAUGUAUGGGCCCCUUUGAUGUAGUACAAGAAGUGCAAUGGAGAAUUGUAGAGGAUUAUGACAAGCA